CACCUCGUCCUCCCGUCCCCUUCCUCCCGUCGCGGCCCGUCUCCUCCACUCCAACCAAGCUAGGCCAACGCGAGAGGCCGUCCCCCCACACCCCUCCCAGAUUUGCAGCUCGCCCCCCGCGAAUCCCCCGAAUUCCCCCACCCCCUCGCCACGCCGCGCGCUGCCCGCGGCCUCCGGAGCGGAGCGGCCACCCCCUCCACCCUCCACCGCAAUUCCCGAGGCGGGGGAGCCUUCCUGCCUUGGCGCUCGCUCCUCGCCUGGCUCUCUCUCCCUCGUGAUCGGCGCCGCGGGCGAGGCGGAGCGGAACGCGGGCGAAUCGCGCUGCCCGGUGCGCGGGGGGGAAUCUAGGGUUCCGGCGAUGCCGGCCGCGUCGUAGGGCGGGGGUCCCUGCCUGCGUCGCCGGCGCGUUCCCGAGAUCUCGGGGCCUCCGAACCCUAGCGUGGGCCGGGGAGGCCGCUAGCUGCUACUGAGGCAUGGACGUGGACUCACGCAUGACGACGGAGUCCGACUCCGACUCUGACGCGGCGGCCGCGGCCGCCAGCGCCGGAGGCUCGGGGUCAGGGAGCGAGACUUCGUCGUCGUCCGCGCCGUCGACGCCCGGGACACCCGGGACGCCCGCGGCGGCCCCGAAUCCGGCGGCUGUCGGGGCGGCGGGGCCGAGGCCGGCGCCCGGGUACACGGUGGUGAACGCGGUGAUCGAGAAGAAGGAGGACGGACCAGGGUGCCGCUGCGGGCACACGCUCACGGCGGUACCGGCCGUCGGGGAGGAGGGCACACCAGGGUACAUCGGACCGAGGCUGAUCCUGUUCGGCGGGGCCACAGCACUCGAGGGGAACUCUGCCACGCCGCCCUCUUCUGCCGGGAGCGCGGGGAUCCGUCUUGCUGGCGCGACAGCAGACGUCCAUUGUUACGACGUGUCAUCGAACAAGUGGAGCAGGCUUACCCCACUUGGAGAGCCUCCUUCACCAAGAGCUGCACAUGUGGCAACUGCGGUUGGAACCAUGGUGGUCAUUCAGGGUGGAAUUGGCCCUGCCGGUUUGUCUGCAGAGGAUCUUCAUGUCCUAGACCUUACACAACAACGACCACGAUGGCACAGAGUGGUGGUUCAAGGACCUGGUCCAGGUCCACGAUAUGGUCAUGUGAUGGCCUUGGUUGGGCAGAGAUUUUUGUUGACUAUUGGUGGAAAUGACGGGAAGCGACCUCUGGCGGAUGUAUGGGCCCUUGAUACUGCGGCUAAGCCAUAUGAAUGGAGGAAACUUGAACCAGAAGGUGAAGGACCACCUCCAUGCAUGUACGCCACUGCAAGUGCACGCUCUGAUGGUCUUCUCUUACUUUGCGGUGGGAGAGAUGCAAAUAGUGUGCCCCUAUCAAGUGCAUAUGGUCUUGCAAAACAUAGAGAUGGGCGCUGGGAGUGGGCAAUUGCCCCUGGUGUUUCCCCAUCACCCAGAUACCAACAUGCAGCUGUUUUUGUCAAUGCGCGUCUUCAUGUGUCGGGAGGUGCUCUUGGAGGUGGGCGGAUGGUGGAAGACUCUUCGAGUGUUGCAGUACUGGACACUGCUGCUGGAGUCUGGUGCGACACAAAGUCAGUUGUUACAACUCCCAGAACAGGAAGAUAUAGUGCAGAUGCGGCAGGCGGUGAUGCUGCUGUUGAGCUUACACGACGGUGCAGGCACGCAGCAGCUGCUGUUAAUGAUCUAAUAUUCAUUUAUGGGGGUUUACGGGGAGGUGUACUUCUCGAUGAUCUUCUUGUGGCUGAGGAUCUUGCUGCUGCUGAAACAACAAAUGCUGCUAAUCAUGCCGCAGCGAGUGCAGCAGCCACAAACUUGCAAGCAGGACGAGCACCUGGAAGGUAUGCGUACAAUGAUGAACGAACAAGACAAACAGCUACGGAAUCAGGUCCUGAUGGAGCUGUAGUUCUUGGGACUCCAGUUGCACCUCCUGUAAAUGGAGACAUGUAUACUGAUAUCAGCCCUGAGAAUGCUGUGUUGCAGGGACAGAGGAGAUUAAACAAAGGUGUGGAUUAUUUAGUUGAAGCAUCAGCAGCAGAGGCUGAGGCAAUCAGUGCGACAUUAGCUGCUGUGAAGGCCAGGCAGGUUAAUGGUGAGGUGGAACAGUUGCCUGACAAGGAGCAGUCUCCAGACUCAACAUCAAGCAGCAAACAUUCAAGCCUCAUCAAACCAGACAUUGUUCUUUCUAACAACAUGGCAGCUCCACCUGGAGUUCGGUUGCAUCAUAGAGCUGUUGUGGUGGCUGCUGAAACUGGAGGUGCCUUAGGUGGCAUGGUCAGACAGCUAUCGAUUGACCAAUUUGAAAAUGAAGGAAGAAGGGUGAGCUAUGGCACCCCGGAGAAUGCAACUGCCGCAAGGAAGCUACUAGAUAGACAGAUGUCUAUUAAUAGUGUUCCUAAAAAGGUAAUUGCAUCUCUGUUGAAACCUCGUGGCUGGAAGCCCCCUGUCCGAAGGCAAUUCUUCUUGGACUGCAAUGAAAUUGCAGACCUAUGUGACAGUGCUGAGAGAAUAUUUUCAAGCGAACCAAGCGUUUUGCAGCUUAAAGCUCCUGUUAAGAUAUUUGGUGAUUUGCAUGGACAAUUUGGAGACCUAAUGAGGUUAUUCGAUGAAUACGGUGCUCCUUCGACUGCAGGAGACAUCGCUUACAUUGAUUAUCUCUUCUUGGGAGAUUAUGUAGAUCGUGGCCAGCAUAGUUUAGAAACUAUCACCCUUCUUCUUGCAUUGAAGGUUGAAUAUCCUCAAAAUGUACAUUUGAUUCGUGGGAACCAUGAAGCUGCAGAUAUCAAUGCUUUGUUUGGUUUCCGAAUAGAGUGUAUAGAAAGAAUGGUAACUAACUUUUUGCACUGCACCCAACUGCACUUAACAAAAUUGCCUAGUUUUCUCACGUUGAUAUUCAUUGAUCAAAAACAGGGCGAGAGAGAUGGUAUCUGGACAUGGCAUCGAAUGAAUAGGCUAUUCAAUUGGCUUCCUUUGGCUGCGCUUAUAGAAAAGAAAAUAAUCUGUAUGCAUGGUGGCAUUGGUCGGUCAAUCAACCAUGUUGAGCAGAUUGAGAAUCUUCAAAGGCCAAUUACGAUGGAAGCUGGCUCGGUUGUCCUUAUGGAUCUUCUAUGGUCUGAUCCAACAGAGAACGACAGUGUUGAAGGGCUGAGACCCAAUGCCCGGGGCCCUGGUCUUGUUACAUUUGGGCCUGAUCGUGUUAUGGAGUUCUGCAACAACAAUGACCUUCAGUUAAUUGUGCGAGCACAUGAGUGUGUGAUGGAUGGCUUUGAGCGCUUUGCUCAAGGCCACCUGAUCACUCUUUUCUCCGCGACAAAUUAUUGCGGUACUGCAAAUAAUGCCGGUGCGAUCUUGGUUUUGGGUAGAGAUCUUGUGGUUGUCCCAAAACUAAUUCACCCUUUGCCCCCUGCAAUUACAUCACCUGAGGCAUCACCGGAUCAUAUUGAGGACACAUGGAUGCAGGAGCUGAAUGCUAACAGACCACCAACUCCGACCAGGGGCCGUCCCCAAGCAGUAGCUAAUGACCGAGGCUCUCUUGCCUGGAUAUAGUAGAUUCGCCACACAUUGGUUGGUAUGAUCCAUAUGAAGCCCUCAGCAGGAUCUUGCUGUUUUCACUUGUGUUCGGGAGAGAGGCUGGUCCAAAGCCAUACCGAAAGAUUAUGUACAGGGAGCUGAGCGGACUAUAAGCUGGUAGAAGGGAGCUUGAUCUUGGACAGCGCUCUCCAUUUCAUUUGACCGAACACAAGUAGCAGUGCAUAUAGAAAUUCAUCUGAAGAUCCUCAGAGGCUUCACUUGUAUAUACUCAGCUGGGUGGAUAGGGCGCGGCGGUGUAUGGUGUGUUUUUUUGCAUCCAAUUGGAAUGGCAAAAGGAAAUAGUGUUAUUGUACUAGGUAUUCUUUCCUCUCUCUCAUUCUCCGGGCCUAGAAUUUUCCUCAUGUUGCAAAGUGUUUUUGAGUUGCCACAGGGAUUUGCCUGGCGGGGUCGCUGUCCAGUUGUCGUGUAUAAUAGCCCUCCCAACCUCAAUGUAAUUUCAUGCUGAUGUGUACAAUUUUGUGUUUAAAGUUUUGGGUGGCGAAAGGAGUUUACGGUUUGAUUUAUUAGAGGUAAAAGAGCUGUUAUUUGCCAUCA